UUAAAACAUUAUCAAGUAUCAACCAAUCAUUGACAUUUCAAUUCUACCAAAAAAAAAUUAGGAUGAUCAGUCGUCCAACCAUCAUGAUUCAUCCAAUCCACCCUUCAAAUUUUGCCUAUAAAAGAGCAGCGUAAUGUUCUCACAAAAGGCAAAAACCACCCUUCAUAAAUCACCUUUAUUAUAUGCUAGCUAGUGUUUACAACAACAAAAUUGUUGUUGUAAACAGCUAGCCUCUUUCACGAAUUCGCAAUGAUGACCUAUUCUCAAUGUCUUCCAUCUUGCCAUCAAUGCCCUCGCUUGCAUCACCACUUGCUACUUCUACUACUUGCUUCCAUCACUCCGUUCAUCUGCUGCCAGCAGGCCACAACUUCGAGCAACGACACAGACCGGCUCGCCUUGCUUCACUUCAAACAAGGAAUUAUCGACGACCCUGACAUGGUUCUCAGCUCUUGGAACGAUUCGGUCCAUUUCUGUAGCUGGUUCGGAGUCACCUGUCAUCCUGAUGACUCCAAACCGUCUCGAGUCAUGUCUUUGGCCCUGAACCGCCAACGUCUAGUAGGCACUUUGUCACCCUACAUUGGCAACCUCACCUCUCUUCAGGGUCUCAGCCUCUUAGACAAUAGCUUCAGGGGAGAAAUCCCUCAGGAACUCGGCAACUUGCUCCUCCUCCGCCACCUCAAUCUCUCUGCCAACUACUUCACAGGCGAAAUACCCCUCAACUUGACUCGUUGCUUCCGACUCAGCUUCUUGUUGUUGGAGCGAAAUAACCUCACCGGCCCAAUCCCUCCGGAGAUCGGGACACUAAACAAGAUUCAGUAUCUCAGACUUGGAACCAACAAGCUCACGGGACAACUUCCUCCUUCCUUGGGAAAUCUUUCCAUGCUAAUCGAUUUCGGCGUUGCAUACAAUGGGCUGGUGGGGAGCAUUCCAGAGAGAUAUGGCCUGCUCUCGAGCUUAAAGAUGUUCAUCGUAGGUGUCAAUCAGCUAUCCGGUGUCCUUCCUGAAUCUCUUUUCAAUCUAUCAUCGCUCAGCAUGAUGACACUCACGAUGAACCAGUUCCAGGGGACUCUGCCAUUGGACAUCGGUUUCACUCUGCCUAAUCUCCAGAUGUUUGCCAUCUCUGGUAAUGCGUUCACAGGAAACAUCCCUGUCUCUUUCUGCAAUUCCUCAGGACUUCAGAUGUUGAACAUGAACCGGAACCAUUUCCAGGGCCGGAUCCCUGACUGCCUCGGAAAUUUACCGGCGCUUGGAAAACUGGACGCCGCUGCAAACAACCUCGGGAGCAAUUCGACUGGGGACUUCGCGUUCCUGAAGUCGCUGGCGAAUUGCAGCCAGUUAACCCGUGUGGGCGUUGCGGAGAACAACUUGGGGGGACAAGUUCCAGAUUCCUUAGCAAAUUUAUCGGCAUCCACGUUCAAGCAACUGUUCCUAGGUGUCAAUCAGGCCACAGGAUUCAUCCCGGCAGGGCUGCAGAAUCUCCUUCGGUUAACUGAUUUGGACUUGACUGAGAAUCUCUUUACAGGACCCAUUCCAUCUUUCCUUGGAAAGCUUCCGAAUUUACAAAGAGUGGAACUUGCAGGAAACCAACUCUCAGGUCCAAUCCCUUCCUCCAUUGGCAACCUCACCCAGCUGUUUGAACUAGACAUUUCAUUCAACGAGCUACAAGGGAAUCUCCCUGCAGAUAUUUCCCGUGCUCAGAAGUUGGUUCUGUUGGAUGUUUCGAGUAAUAAGUUGGAGGGAAUGGUUCCUCCGGAGAUAAUGCAGCUGGCCACCCUUUCAAAAUUACUGAACCUGUCGCGGAACUCGUUCACAGGCAAUCUACCUGGAGGAGCAUGGAAACUACAGUCUCUAACUUCAUUAGAUCUUUCUCACAAUAACUUCACAGGUGACAUUCCUGCUGCGAUUGGUGGCUGUAAAGGCUUGGUUUACCUAUACCUACAGAGCAACUCAUUCACUGGGACGAUUCCUGACGCUUUGGCCUCUCUGGGAGGGAUAGAGCAAAUGGAUCUUUCCCACAACAGCUUAACUGGAACAAUCCCGUUGCCUCUACAGAACAUUCAUAGUUUGAAGUACUUGAAUCUUUCUUUCAAUGACCUUGGUGGCGAGGUGCCAACUGGAGGGGUUUUUUCCAACACAAGCGCCUUGUCGCUAGGAGGAGCUAAUGCGAUGCUGUGUGGUGGUGUCUCGCAACUGCAUUUACCCAAAUGCAGAGUAACUCAGGUGAACAACACGAGGAGGUCUCUCAAGGUGAAGUUGUCAAUCAUAAUUGUUCCCUCUUUGUUUCUAUCUCUGCUCAUGGUAUUGGGGAUAUUCUUCUAUUACAUGAGUAGAAGAAGAUCAAACAAGCAGAAAGUGUUUGAUGAUCUUGGGUUGGGUAAAAUGGCAGCGGUUUCGUACAAAGACCUCCAUCAGGCGACUAAUGGAUUCUCUGCAUCCAACUCGAUUGGGUCAGGUGGUUUUGGCAUAGUGUUCAAAGGUGUACUAGAGCAUACUGAAACACCUGUGGCCAUUAAGGUGCUCAGAAACGGGGAUAAGAAAGUGGACAAGAGUCUGAAGGCAGAGUGCAACGCGUUGAGAAAUGUUCGCCAUCGAAACCUUGUGAGGCUCAUAACCUACUGCUCUAGCUUGGACUAUAAGGGCAACAACUUCAAUGCUCUAGUAUACCAAUUGAUGGAGAACGGAAGCCUCGAGAAGUGGCUUCAUCACUCGGGUGAUGAUCUUCCCAACUUAACCAUGAUCCAACGACUCAACAUCGCGUUGGAUGUAGCAACUGCACUACACUACCUUCACGAACUCAAUGGAGGAGGAUCCAUCAUCCACUGUGAUUUGAAACCCAGCAAUGUCUUACUGGACGCGGACAUGGUAGCUCAUGUGAGCGAUUUCGGCCUUGCCAUGCUUAUGUCAACCGAAGUUGAUCACCGUAGCUCGUUAUCCGGGAGCAAAACGAGUAGCCUUGGUGUGAAGGGAACGAUCGGUUAUGCUCCUCCAGAGUACGGAAUGAGCGCCACGAAUGGUACAAAAGAAGGCGAUGUUUACAGCUACGGAAUCCUGGUGCUGGAAAUGCUCUCCGGGAAAAGGCCAACUGAUGAAUUGUUCGGCGGUGAUGGCGGGUGGCUGAGCCUGCGCGACGCUGUGAAAGCGGCUCUGCCGAAUGAUGUAUAUUCAGUGUUGGAUCCAAAGCUGUAUUCACCAGAGGACAGGGACGCAGCCGAAGCAGAGGGCAGGGAUGAAAACGAAGAAGAAGGAGAAGAGGGUGGAACUGGGAAUGUAAUGCCCACAAACAGAAGGACCACCGGUAUGCAGCAUAGAAAUUACUGCUUCGUUUCAGUGCUGGAAAUCGCGGUGGCUUGCGCUGCAGAAUCGCCGAGAGAGCGGAUGAAGAUUGAUGAAGUUGCACGAAAGCUGCUCUCCGUUAGGGAUUAUUUCCAGGCGAAUUGCAUCAAUUCCGGCAGAGCACGCCAGCAGCCAUCGAGAGAAAGGAAUCCGAACUAAUUAGAGAUUGGGCCUGGCUCGGUCAUCUCGAAACUAUACGGCCCAUCUUUUCGGUCACAGCUCGAAUUACAGACAUGCAAAUUUGCAAUGGUUAAAUGAAUUAAAUCUUAUCAUUGUCAAUUUGUCAUGGUGUGAAGAGGAACACUAGCUUAGCUUCACACAGAGUUUUAGGGAUAAUAAAAUUAUAUGUAAACUUUGUGAACAAAUGCAAAAUGAAAUAGGUGGUAAGUCUUUAGUCUCCUUUUUAAUUAUCACAUUUCAAAUUCGUAAAGCUAGAGUUUUUUUAGUGUCUUCUCAAUAAUAUUUUCAUAAAAUUGUAUUGUUUGUAACUUACAUAAUGUUAGUAUACGUGUAAUUAUUAACAUAUUAGUUGAAGUUAUAGUAAGAAAUUAUUAUCUAUCAAUAACCGUGGAUACCUGAAACCUUAUCGCAUAUGGUAUGGUUUAGAUAUUCUACUCGAUUCUUAUAUGAGUAUGAGAAUGGAUAAACGUUGAACCAUUUUGGAUAGGAUAAUGGAUAUGCAAUAUCCAUCAUCUAACACAAUUUGUUGUCAUCCCUAUAGCCACUGUACACACAUAUAGUAAAAGUGGAUCAUAUCA